AACGGCGUAUCCGCAUGCGUUGCGUUCGUUGAACUAAUGCAUUCUAUCGCAAGGCAUAACGCAGCCGGUGUUUUGAUUUUGACACUUCUCUCAUAUGUUGUCUUUUUUAUUAUUAUCGUGUGCAAGUAGAACUGUGUGCCAGUGAAAUUUUCUGAGUUGUUCCAAAUUUUUUUAUGAAUUUUUUUUUUGCCGGAAGGAAAUUAAUUAACAAUGAACAAAGGAAAUCUUGCAGCUAAAAAAUCAGCUGUGAAUUCAGUCAAAAGCAAUACAAAUCAUCGUAGUGACCUGUGGGGCAAUCAAGAAAUUCACAUUGUGGACACUGUCGAAAAAUGUAAAGAGGUGGUGAAGCAAUUGCGAUUACAUACAAAUAAAUACAAUGUCAUUGGCAUUGGCUGUAAUACGAGAAAUUUUAAUCAAAAAUUUGCACUCAUACUAUUGGCAUCGUAUCUUGGAUCGUGUGCACUAAUAAGAUUGCACAGUUUGGACAAGAUUCCAAGGGAGCUUUGGAAAUUUCUAGAGGACAAAAAUAUUGUGAAAGUCGGCGUUAAUGUAGCUGAAAUUGCGAUAAAUUUGAGCAAAUGUGGUCUCUAUGUAGCGAGCAUAUUGGAUCUUCGGUAUUUAGCGCAGCAAUGCAAUUAUCCGCCCGAGAGUUUGGCCUUACUAUCCGCCAGCCAUUUGAAAGUGGUGCUCAUUGAAAACCAUCGUCUUGAACGAAAACAUUGGACUAAACCAACAAAUAAAUUAGAUAUUCAAAACGUUGAGUAUGCUGCGAAAAGUGUGCGCGUUGCGAUUGAACUGUUUAAAAAAUUCGAAAAUGAAAUAAAAUCGAAAAAUCUGUACCAUGUACACGAUCUCAGACAUCGUGUACAAAUGUUCAUCAAUAAAAAUUGCAAGCCGCAUUUCAAUCAUAUUUACCAGAAGAAAAAAGAGAAUGAAAAUCAAACGACGGAAACGGUCAAUGUCAAUGUAGCACAGAAUGACAAACCACGCAAUCGGGAAAUCCACGUUAUAAGCAAUGUUGAAGAGUGCCGUGCUGUAAUGAAGAAACUAAGAGCGCACUGUAAGAAGUACAACGUACUUGGCCUUACUUGCAAAUAUGAGUCAACGAAAGGAUCUGUUAAUUUAUUGCAAUUGGCAUCACACUGUGGACUGUGUGCACUAUUUCGAUUACGAACAUUUGACAAAUUUCCAGUUGAGCUCCAGGAAAUUCUUGAAGACAAAAAUAUUCUCAAAGUUGGCCAUAGAGUAUCGUUCCAUGUCGAUAAAUUGGAAGGUGACUAUGGCUUUUGUGUCGCAAGUGCAAUCGAUCUACGAUAUUUGGCGAAGGAAUGCGAAUAUCCAGCAGAUGACCUGGAACUCUUAUCAAAUACUUGCUUGAAUUUUGAUCUGAAAACACUUGACUGGCGAGUACUCAGCAGCGAUUGGAAGUACAUUUCAUUGCGUGAAGAAAUCGAUUAUGCGGCAAAAAUCGUACAUGCCACAAUUGACUUAUUCAAAUUUUUUGAGAAGAAAUUAGUAGCCGAAAAAUAUUUGGGCAAUCGUACGAAAUUCUUCGACGAACUCUGUUUGGCCCAUUUAAAAGAAGAAAUUCAAUAUUCCACACUGCCCCCACAAGAAAUUCGCAUCGUGAGCAAUGCCGCAGAAUGUCAAUCAGUUGUCGAGCGAUUGCGAAUACAUUGCGAUCGAUAUAACGUGCUUGGUUUUGAUUGUGAGUGGAAUACACCUGGCGGACGUAAAGUGGCUCUAUUGCAAUUGGCAACAUAUCGUGGACUGUGCGCCUUAAUACGAUUGUGUAAAAUGAAAACGAUUCCUGUUGAGCUUCAGGCAAUCCUGGAAGAUGAGAAUAUUCUAAAAGUUGGUAUCAUGCCCCAUAAAGAUGGAAAUAGACUAGGUAAUAAUUACCGCGUCGAAGUGUCCGGUAUAUUGGAUCUGAAGCAUUUGGCCAAGAAAUGUAAAUGCAAAGCCGAAGGAAUACGCAGCCUAUCCGAAGAAGUUCUAAAUGUUAAACUGGAUUAUAAAAAAAGAGGCCGGAUAUCACGAGAAAUACAUAAGAGUUGGGAAAAUGACAAAUUAAAUGACGAAAACAUUCAAUAUGCGGCAAAUGAUGGGCACGUCGCAAUCGAACUAUUCAAAAAGUUUCAACAGAAACUAAUGUCGACCAAUCAUUCUGACGAUCAAACAAAAGAUGUGAAACAAUUCAUCGAUAAGCACUGCGCAUCACAUUUGAAAAAAAAGGCAAAACCCAAGCAGAAAAAAACAGCUAAAACCAAGCAGAAAAUCGCUAGUUUUGGACAUUUAAAUGUACAAAAGGGAAUUCAAACACAUCCGAAAAUUUUUGCCAUAUGCACAUAGUUUAUUUUGAGGCACGGAUUUAUAAUCAAAUUCACGAAUAAAACAACAAUAAUUCCUAUCAAAAA